CGCUAAAGUAAUAAUUUAGAAGAGCUUUUUUUUAAAACAAAGAAGGAAGCUUAGAAAGAAAAAAAAAAUGAAUGAGAAGAAGAAAAGAUUAUGACUAAAGUAAGAAAAAAGUCUGUCUACGAAAUUAACGACCGUAAAAAAGGAAAAAGCGACAGAAAAAAAGCUUUAGGUGGAACUCUUUUUUGGGAUAUUCCACAACAGGAAGAAAGAAAAGUUAUUACACAAUGGUCACAAAAGAGAAAACUCAAGCUCCUAAGUAAUCGCAGUUUUUAUUAUAAAGGAGUGCUGCAGUACACUUUUACUUUAGAAACGCUAAUUAGUUUUGCUAAAAAUUUCAACUUUAUGGUAAUUAUCCAAAUACUUGUUGCUAUAGUAUCGGUAUAUUUAUCAAACCUUUUUGAUUUAUCUGUUGACGUCGAUGUUAACUUGUUUGUAACUCCAAUUGUGUUUCCAUUGGCUUUUUCAAUCAAUGCUGAUUUUCAAAGAAGAGAAAAAGUUUUGGAUGAUAUUGCAAACUUCAAAUCGGCAGGUAUGUCUUGGUUUAUUAGUUUGCGAGAUUGGAGAGUUGACUCAAACUUAGAUAUGAUAUGGUUUCAUCAUGUUCACCAAAAAUUGCAAAGUAUGCUUUUUAACAUGAGAGAAUAUCUUUUAACAAAAAAACUUUGUCGGCGCAGCGUUAUAUUAGAAGCAAUUUAUGAGGACUUUAGUGAUGCCAACCAGUUAGUAGAAUGCGUUAGAAAAAGCAAACUUCAGUUAAAUUCUCCUCUAGUGGCUAGAGUUUACUUGGCAUUGUUGUCAAUAUUUACGUCGUUCGAGCGUUUACGAAUUAUUCGCGAAUACCGUUCACCGCGUUCAAUUCGUUCGUUUAACAAAAUUCUAAUUUUUUUUCUUCCCAUGAUUUUAUCUCCUUACUUUCAUCAUGUAGGUGUUAUGAAUAACAGCAAAUGGGCACCAUAUGUGUUUUCAGUAUUAUUAACCUUUUUUUUCUCUGCUUUACAAGGAGUACACGAUAUAUUAGAUGAUCCUUUUAAUGGAUUAAGUGAGGAUGACAUCAAACUAUCUUCAAUAGAUGAAUGGUUACUUCAUUCACUUGAAGUUGUCAAACAUAGAUCCUUUUCAAUAGGGCAAAACACACCUAGAAAUUAAAAAUAUUUGAAGUCA